AGUGCAUUGUUUUCCACACUGACAGACCAACUAGGAAAAACAAAAACCAGAAUCACAUCAAGGUUGUCUGCCAGUGUCUUCUGAGCAUUCAAGGUCACUCCACUGCUCCACAAAUAACUUCUUGUUUUCCAGCAUUGCUUAUAAAGCAAUUUCCAAAGUAACAAUCAGAGGUGAAGAUGGAAAUGGAGAAGGGAGCUCAGAGGCCUCGGAGCUAUGUUAUUCUGGUGCCAUACCCGUUUCAAGGGCACAUGACACCAAUGCUGCAAUUGGGGCACAUCCUACACUCGAGGGGAUUCUCCAUCGUGGUUGCACACACUGAAUUUCAAGCGCCCAGGCCUUCGGAUCACCCCAAAUUCGCCUUCCACAGUUUGGCUGAUGGAAUGGAUGGGAAGAAAAAUGAGCUCACCAAAAAACUGGAUACUAUGAAAGCUAUGAAUGAGAAUUGCAGGGUGCCCUUCCAGGACUUUUUGGUGAAACAGGUGGAAGAGAAGGGUGAUCAGCUUGUUUGUAUCAUCUAUGACAACUUGAUGCUCUUUGUUGAUCCUGUGGCUUCUCAUCUUCACCUCCCCACCAUCGUUUUGCGCCCUUUCAACGCUGUUUACCUGCAAAUUUUACUCCAUAGCCUUGAAAAUGCAGACACUAUUUUCCCCCUUAAAGAGUCAAUGCUGCAGGAUCCAAUUCCUGAGUUUCAUCCCCUGAGGUAUCGCGAUAUGCCGAUUAAUAUAGUGGAUCCCGAUGCCAGGGAAGCUGUAAAACAAUUCUUGUUAACUUCAAACGACAUAAGAUCUUCAGAGGCCAUAAUCUGGAACACAGUGGAGGAUCUGGAGCAUCCAUGGCUGUCAAAGCUUCAACAACGUUACAAAGUCCCCAUUUUCCCCAUCGGCCCCAUGCACAAGAUAGCCUCAACCAGAAAAACCAGCUUGAUAGAAGAAGAUGAGAGCUGCUUUCCAUGGCUGGACAAGCAAGCUCCGCGAUCAGUCCUGUACGUGAGCACAACCGGAAGCAUAGCCGAAACUAACGAAAGGGAUUUUGCAGAAAUUGCUUGGGGACUGGCCGGGAGCGGGCGGCCGUUCUUGUGGGUGGUCCGGCCGGGAUCGGUCCAGGGGUCGGACUGGAAAGAGCGGCUGCCGCAGGGGUUCGAGGCGCGGGUGGGAGAUAGAGGGCGGAUAGUGAAAUGGGCGGCGCAGAAGGAGGUUUUGGCGCAUGGGUCGGUGGGCGGGUUCUGGAGUCAUUGCGGGUGGAACUCGACGCUGGAGAGUCUGGGCGAAGGCGUGCCGAUGAUCUGCCGGCCGCAUUUUGCCGACCAGUUGGUGAACGCUAGGUUUUUGGUUCAGGAAUGGAAGGUGGGGGUGGGGUUGGAGGAGCUGGAGAGAGGUGCCAUUGCAGAGACUGUUAGGAAAGUCAUGGUGGGAGAGGAGAGUGAAGAGCUGAGGAAGAGAGCUAUGGAGAUGAAGAGAAAACUGGAGGCUUCUCUUCAGAAAGAUGGGCCUUCACACAGGGCACUUGAUAAACUAGUACACUUCAUUUCUUCACUUCCAGUGUUGAAAUAGUCUACAAAUUACAUAAAAAAAGUAAAUCACAUGUAACAUACUCAAUCGAAAAGAGGUUAGCAAUAAUCAAAUUUGUAAUUUUAUGAUACAAAAUUAUGAUAUACUAAUUCGUUCACUC